AUGGCAUACAACCUCCCAGUUCCCCCUCCUGGUCAUCGCAACGUAACCAUCGACCUACCCACGACGCCCAACAGUCAGGUUCCAGUCGUCCAGAUCAAUCGCCUCGUCGGUCCAGGCAACCAGCUCUUGGUCAUCCCAACCCUGACCACCGACAACUUCCUGAUGCGUCUGGCCGGAACAACCAAUCUGUACAAGCUGGAUCUGAGCUGCGCCAUCUCUGGAGGCACUCCUCCGUUGUUUGCAAUUGUGCUGGCCACCUGCACUGAACUGCGUUUUGUUUCCCUGGAGAGAUCCAUGGAUGCUCUGGUCGAUGAUGUGGUCUUUGGGGCCGUCGCUACGCAGCAGCACCUGGUCCGCCUCUUGCUGACAGCCCGAGUCACUAUUACUACGGCUCAACGUGCUGUUGCCUCGCCCCUUGCUCUGCUUCCGAGCAUCAAGAACCUCAGCCUCCUGGACCUCGAAGCCGAUGCAGCACUUCUCCUGCUCCCUAACUUGGCUGCCCUGACCCGCCUCACCCUUCGCGUCCGCGGUGUCAUUUCUAUUUGGGACUCUCUCCGUGCGCUUCAUCAUGUCGAGCAUUUGAGCAUUGAGUUCGUCGACCGUGUCGAUCUCACCUUCGCCGAGAUCUCGACCUUGUUCAGCAUCGUGCGCUUGCGCACUCUUCGCAUCACCGGUACGCACUCAACCACCACAAGCUUCCGUCACGUCACCGCGCUUGGCUACAGGUCAAUCUUUGCCAACCUUCGGGACUUGGAGACCGUCGAGCUCUCUGGCCGUUUCGUCGACCCUGUUGUUGUCCUGGGCGCUAUUGGUAGAGGGUGUCGCAAUGUCGCUCGUGUCUCGCUUUCGGGCUUCGUCUCGCUGGACCGCCUUGCUGCACAGAGUCAGCAUCUUGUUGCGUUCCCUUCGUUGACGAGAUUGACCUUGGGCCGACUGGUACCUCCUGCUGGGGGCGACGUGACUACGGCACAGAAAAUGAGCCAAACGGUCACGAUCUUCCGAGACGAGAUGCCAGUCCUAAGACGGGCCAACCUCAUUAUCAUCGAUAACAACACUUUCUCGGACAACGUCAAGCGUCGCGUACCGCUCUGA